CCUUCCUUUGAGCUGAAGAGACCUCAACGAUUGUGGCAUAUUCUAAAUUAGUGCCUUAUUUCUCCACAAUUUUUUUUUCAGACAAAUCAGGAAUGGCUGAAGAAAAUCACACUGUGAAAAAUGAGUUUAUCCUCACAGGAUUUACACGUCACCCAGAGCUGAAGACUCUGCUGUUUAUGGUGUUCUUUGCCAUCUAUCUGAUCACCAUGGUGGGGAAUACUGGUUUGAUGGCAUUGAUUUUUACACACCGUCGACUUCACACACCAAUGUACAUCUUUCUGGGAAACCUGGCUCUUGUGGAUUCUUGCUGUGCCUCUGCCGUUACCCCCAAAAUGUUACAGAACUUCUUUUCUGACGACAACAGGAUUUCCCUCUGUGAAUGUGCAGUACAGUUUUAUUUUAUUUGCGCUGUGGAAACUGCAGACUGCUUUCUUCUGGCAGCAAUGGCCUAUGACCGCUAUGUGGCCAUAUGCAGCCCACUGCAGUACCACACCAUGAUGUCCAAGACACUCUGCAUUCAGAUGACCACAGGGGCCUUCCUAGCUGGAAAUCUGCAUUCCAUGAUUCAUGUAGGGCUUGUAUUUAGGUUAGUUUUCUGUGGAUCAAAUUACAUCAACCACUUUUACUGUGAUAUUCUUCCCUUGUAUAGACUCUCCUGUGUUGAUCCUUAUAUCAAUGAACUGGUGCUAUUCAUCUUCUCGGGUUCAAUUCAAGUCUUUACCAUAGGUAGUGUCUUAAUAUCUUACGUCUACAUUCUUCUUACUAUCUUCAGAAUGAAAUCCAAAGAGGGAAGAGCCAAAGCCUUUUCUACCUGUGCAUCCCACUUUUUGUCAGUUUCAUUAUUCUACGGAUCUCUUUUCUUCAUGUACAUUAGACCAAAUUUGCUUGAAGAAGGGGCUAGAGAUAUACCAGCUGCAAUUUUAUUUACAAUAGUAGUUCCCUUACUAAAUCCUUUCAUUUAUAGCCUGAGAAAUAAGGAAGUAAUAAGUGUCUUAAAAAAAAUCUGAUGAAGAAAUAAUCUCAGGAAAGCUGGAAACAAAUGACCUCUACUAUAGCUUAAUGAUUUCAAUGCAAAAACUUCC